AUAAGAUUCGAUCACCAAUCGAUUGGCGAAUCAUCUCGGCGGUUCCGCUCGUGGCUAUGCCUGAUUUAUAAUCUGCUCCGACACCUGACUAUACAGUUUGCCCCCAACGCUUGACCGCUCCUCGCCCUCCCAAAAACAGCGACCAACAUGACUCUCGCCGUCGACCUCCUUAACCCGUCCGCCGAACUCGACAAGCGCCAGCACAAGCUCAAGCGUCUUGUACAAUCGCCCAACUCGUACUUCAUGGACGUCAAGUGCCCCGGCUGCUUCACCAUCACCACUGUCUUCUCGCACGCCCACACUGUCGUUCUCUGUGGCUCUUGCGCAAGCGUUCUGUGCCAGCCCACUGGUGGUAAGGCCCGUUUGACGGAAGGAUGCUCGUUCCGUAGGAAAAACUAAGCGAUAGCGCACUUGCAAUCAUCGAUUGUCCUCGCAUAUUUACAUUUGGCUUAGCAUUUUCAUCGCAUCUUCCUCGACUAUUCCGAUCAUCGUCCCUCGCCCGAAUGCUGCUCUCACAUGUCAUGCCCCAUGUACAGUCUAUGUAAGACCCACUCAAAAGUAUGCCUUGCUAUGGAAAACUGGUCG